GGGGGGGGGAAGGUGUGCGGAUGAAUCGCCAGAAAUCAAAAAAAAUCCGGUCGCUCCACCUCAUUAUGCGAUUAUUUGAACGCAGCACUCGUAAAUUCAUCAACGCACUUCCGAUAUUUUGGAGUCUGCAGGGGGGGUUUAGAAAUAUAUUCAGCAAUUUGUACCCACUCCCCCCCUCCUCCCGUGUUGCUUCCCGCGGACCGCUCAGUGUUGGGGUCAGGACCGGGCUGUGACGUCACUGGGGUGAGGAGGGGGGAGAAAGUGGCGGGAGAGCGGCGGGCGGGAGGCGCAAGAGGCGGGCGGCGGAGCGCGCGGACCCGGACCCCGAGCCCGAGCCGGGCCGGUGGGCGGGCGGAGGCGGGCACCGGGCGCCCGCGGAACGGCGGCGGAAGAUGCUGAAAAUGGCGGAGAGCGGAGAAGAUCCAUUGCAAGCAGCUGGAGUGUGUGCUCAGCCAACUGAGAAACGCAAGCGUACGGUGGAGGAUUUCAAUCAGUUCUGCAACUUCGUUCUGGCAUACACUGGAUACAUUCCACCCUCCCGAGAGGAAUGUGAAUGGACACCGUCCAGUUCAAAUUCUCCCAUCAGGACUGAGAGUGUGGUGGACAGCGACAGCUGGGAUUCCACCCAGUCUAUUGACUUUGAUACUAUCCAAAAUUUUGUAAAGAAAGCCAAAUCCUCCAAGGGCAAUGGCUUCCACCGGCUGAAAUCAGAUGGCAUGCUGCUCGACAGGCUGAAGCUGAAGGAUUCUCUCUACCCACCAGCAGACAAGAAGAAGGAGCGGAAGAGCAAGAGGUGGAGCCCAGAGGUGCAGCAGCAGAGGGGUCUGGACGGGGAGAAGUCCAGCUUCGCCCGCAUUAAACGGAGCAAGAAACGCAAGCUGAAGAAAGAGAGGACUGAGAAAAAGAUCAAGAGCUCCCUGAGUGAGACUGACUCCGACGAGGAAGUGGUGAAAGCAAACUUCCUCUCAGAGCCUCUGAGACCAGCUCCAGCGGUGGCUCAUACAGAGAACUAUAAAAUGGAAAUCGAAGAGUGCCUGAGCAUGGGAAAUAGUCACGAUGGAGAGACCAGUUCCAGUGAGGGGGAACCACGGAUAAUGGACGAGGACAUUAUGGUGGAAUCAGAUGACGACUCUUGGAGCUUGGUGACGUGCUACUGCCAGAAGCCCUUUGCAGGCCGGCCAAUGAUCGAGUGUAAUCAAUGCAAUACCUGGAUCCACCUGUCCUGUGCCAAAAUCCGGAAGUCCAACGUCCCUGAUGUGUUCUUCUGUGAGAAAUGCAGAGAUGCAAAAGAAAGCAGGAAGUCUGGUUCGAGCCAGAAGAAAGUUCCUUGAAUGAAUUCCUUCUGAGCCUGUUUUUGUGACUCACUUUUGUGAGGUAAAACAAGAACGUAUAAAGUAAGCGAGGUGGAAGGUCGGCCAAAGAAACUUAGGGGGGAGGGGGUAACAGACCACCCAGGAGAGAGAAACAGGCUUUGCUUGAACUGUAAAGAGUCUGCAAACACUUACCAUUGUAAAAGUGUGGCUGUUUCAUACUGAUGCAGCCAAUUCAGGUUUCCGGUGCCUUCUGGGUCUGAGUGAAAGGUUUGGUUGGUACAAGGGCAGAGUAUUUGCUCAGCCUCAUUGAAAUAUCUUGGUGGUCUAGAGUAGUGACUUUUUCCAUUGUGAAGUAGUUCAAAUCUGCCCUCGACGAAUGGCUGCAACUGGCAUUAAAAAAAGAAGGAUCUUUGUUGCUCUCUCCAUACCCAAGAAAAGAGGAAUAACAGACUCCUAAGUAUUUGUCAAUACCAGGAAGCCCUAAUUUGAAGGCGGGUCAGAUUGUCCCUGUUUAGCUAGGGUGUGUCAUCUUCAUCUCUACUUGCAACAUGGCGCACUUCAUGCAAGAACUGAAAGAAGGUGGUUAUCAAAUAAAUAUUAACUUUCUGUAUUUAUGAAAGUUUUAUUUUUUGCUUUUUUUUAAAAAUGUUUUAAGAGACCUUGGGUUUGUGUUGGUACCAGACUAGGAGGUUUAAGUUUCUUUGUCAGUGCUUUGUUGACCAGUGAGCCCAUUGUGUGCACGGUUCCUACCAAGAGUUUGUUUUCUUUACUGCCUCUGGUCCCCAGGCACAGUGAUGGUAGUUUUUAUGUCUUGGAUGUUGGCAUGUUGAAGUGUCUAGGGAUGCAAGCCAGAUGUGGUUCAGCCAGAAGUUGCAUUGGGUCAGGCGUUUAACUGGGCGUCCGUUAGCCUUCUGAGUUCCCAUUUUGGGCUGUGCGCCACCAAAUCCAUUUGGAUUCCAGCCCCCCUUGCUAGAAUUGAGUGUUUUUUUUAAAUGUUACUAGUUUAUUUUCAUUAUGAGAAACCUGGAUAUCUUAAGAUCGAAUUAAGUAGGAUAAUAUGUGAUGUCUGUGAAAGUCAGACCAGAUUAAACAAGGCUUUGACACAGAUCUGAUCCUGAAUUGUAUGCAGUAUGUUUAAAUUUGGAUUUUUUUAAUCUGGAGGGCAAGGAUUUGAAGUGGAAGUAUGUACUGAAUUAACUGCACAGUUAACUGUUGUGGAAAGAGAGUGACAAUGCUACACGAUUGGGGGAAUCAAGCUAUUUAUGGGAUGUAGUGGAUAAAUGUUGCAAGUCCCACAAAACAUCUCCUUCCUAGCUGCCUCAAUGCAAUAGAUCCAGAGCAUUAAACAGAUCCUGUAAUUGUGCUCAUUAAAUCUGAGUAAAACAAAUUUCCAGGCUGUGAUUUCUAAACCCCCCCCCCCCACCCCCCCCACCCAAUGGCGUGUUGCCAUGUCAGCAUUCGGCUAAUUAUUUUGUCCUUGGGUGAAGUGCCGGGGAGUCUGGAUAGAUGGGAAGAAAGGGUCUAGGGAAAAUUGUCUGCUUGUGAGAUCUGUCUGUGCUGAUCCCUGCACAAAACUGUGAGUGCUGUAGGGCUGGUUGAGUAGCGGGGAUGUUUGGCUGAGGUACUACCAGGCAUUUGGUAUUUGCGGCACUAGUCAGGAUUGCAUCUCUUAACCUAGCAUUGUGUAGCAAUUCUGAUGACGUACUUCCAUUCACCCAUGUCCUGUGGGGAGGAGAAAGAACAAAUGUUGUUAGUUGUAUAUCUUGUGAAGGGAGUAGGGGUUAUCAUGCUGCAGCCCAGAUAACGAGGUGUAAACUGAAAGCGGGUAUGGAACAAAUGAAUUUAAAAUUCAUUUACUCAGGACUUAAUAUAUUGGAGCAAAACUCCAAUGAUCUGAAACUACAAAUGUUAAAAUCCAAGCGAUGCACAUUCUGUAAAUACUUGUGUGUGCCUAUGCAGAAGAGGGCCAGGAUGCCCACGCUGGGAGUUGGCAGCAGUGAUUGUUCUCGACCAGCUGUGGCUAGUGUGGUUCUGCUUUGGUUGGGGAAGGGCUAAAGAGGAGAAUUGAGGCAAACUACCGCAAUCUCUGCCUUUUUUUUAUUGCUAGUUUGAUGUCGAAUGUGGCGUUCCGAGUUUGGGUUUGUUUCUUGUUCGGAGAAUGGGGUAGCAAAUGGGGCAAGUUACGGGUUAAACGAGGUGGUGCUGUAAACCUUGUCUGGAUGCUAGCUUGAACUGGUCAGCCUGGCCGUGUCCAACUGAGUCACGGUGACUGAAAGAUCUGGGUUCACUCCCCUUUCUGAACGAGCGCAAGGGGAGUGGAGGUGGUCACUUCUGAGGGAAAACGCUGGUCGGUCUUGGGUGCAAUGUGUCCUUUUAUUAAAUAGUCUGUCGAUAGCAACUGCUGGUCCAGGGGUGGAAGAAAGGCCACAGGCAUUGAUCCUUGUGGCUGACUGGUGCCCAGCAGCACUCAGUGACUUCAGCAGGGAUGGGGAGAAUUGAGAAUGGUCACAGAAUGCUUCAUAUUUCCAGUCAAUGUAUUCUGUAUGUCCUUGCUCUGAUGUUGGGUAGAUUCCAGGCUAUUUCAGUACAGAGCACAGAUAGAUUUGGUUCUGAAUUGUGAGUAGCAGUAAAAAGUUACUGCCCACAGCCUGCCAGAGCCUCAGGAAUUUCAACUGAAGGUGUAUUUUUGCAAAGUGCUGUUGUAAAUAAGUGUCUGUAGGAAGAAGAUUCUGAUAAAUGGUCCAACACUUUUGGAGAAAAUAAAGCUACUUUUUUUGUAACUGAUGUGUGUACGUGUUGAUCUGUAGGAGUUUGCUGCCAACUAGUCUACUAAGCAUUUUGAUACCACAGUACUAAUAAUCCAGAUAGAUUCGGCCUGUUGCCUGUGUUUGAACCUUCUACAUCCAUGUUCUGAUAGUUAGCAAUCCACAUCCAUUGAAUUUUCACCAUGGGGCCAAAGUGAAAGAUUUAAUGAGGUCUAGAAUUUCUCUAUUUUUUUUAAAUCUCCAAACUUUCCAAAGAGGUUUAGAGCUAAUUUUUUUUUUGUAGUGUGGUCACUGUAGAAAACACCAACCAGUUUGAGUGCAGGAAGCUCGCACACAGUGAUAUAGUAACUGAAUAGUAUUCUCUUUCUCAGUAAUGCUUGAAUUUGGGAUAAAUAUUUGCCAGAGGGCUCUGGAGGAGCUUCCUUGCUAUCUGAAAUCGAGCUGUGGGAUCUCCCAAAUCUCCCUGGGUGAAGCCUUGGCUUGCUAUCUCAUUAAUGUGGGCAGUCCUCUGGCAGGGCAGCUCUUCCAAGUACUGCACUUGGGCGUAGCAGCCUAAAUUUGUAUGCUUGAGUCUCUCGAGUGGGACAAUCUCAGAUAUUGACAAGAGUGGAAUUGACAGAGGAUGGAAGAGCUGAGGUGGUGACCUCCAGGGUUUGUAGUUGAGGGAGAAAUGCCAAUGACAUUUUAAUUGGGUGUGGGUAAGGGAGUUAUGGGGUUAUAGUAAAUUUGUCAGACUCUGUACUCACAUGGAGGUCAAACAUAAGUCCACUGGCCUCUGAGGGCAACUUGCCUUGUACAGUGGCAUGCAAAAGUUUGGGCACUCCUGGUCAAAAUUUCUGUUACUGUGAAUAGCUAAGCAAGUAAAAGAUGACCUGAUUUCCAAAAGGCAUAAAGUUAAAGACGACACUUUUUUUAAAUAUUUUAAGCAAGAGUACUUUUUUAUUUCCAUCUUUUACAGUUUCAAAAUAACAAAAAAGGAAAAGGGCCCUAAGGAAAAGUUUGGGCACCCUGCAUGGUCAGUACUUACUAACACUCCCUUUGGCAAGUAUCACAGCUUGUAAACACUUUCUGCAGCCAGCUAAGAGUCUUUCAAUUCUUGUUUGGGGGAUUUUUGCCCAUUCUUCCUUGCAAAAGGCUUCUAGUUCUGUGAAACUCUUGGGCCGUCUUGCAUGCACUGCUCUUUUGAGGUCUAUCCACAGAUUUUCGAUGAUGUUUAGGUCGGGGGACUGCGAGGGCUGUGGCAAAACCUUCAGCUUGUGCCUCUUGAGGUAGUCCAUUGUGGAGUUUGAGGUGUGUUUAGGAUCGUUAUCCUGUUGUAGAAGCCAUCCUCUUUUCACCUUCAGCUUUUUUACAGACAAUGUGAUGUUUGCUUCCAGAAUGUGUUGGUAUUUAAUUGAAUUCAUUCUUCCCUCUACCAGUGAAAUGUUCCCCAUGCCACUGGUUGCAACACAAGCCCAAAGCAUGAUCGAUCAACCCCCGUGCAUAACAGUUGGAGAGGUGUUCUUUUCAUGAAAUUCUGCACCCUUUUUUCCUUUUCCUUUACCUUUACCUUUGCUCAUUGGGGCCAAAAAGUUCUAUUUUAACUUCAUCGGUCCACAGGACUGACCACGCUAUUCACAGCAACAGAAAUUUUGACCAGGGGUGCCCAAACUUUUGCAUGCCACUGUACAUCAACAUUAACAUUGUUUUGCCACCUUGAAAUGUCUGUGCAGUUCAGUUCUCAUUGAAAUUGUCCAGUUGGAACCAAAAUGGAUGUCAACCCUACUUUGAAUCUCCUGGAUGUAGAUACAGGAAAGAUUAUUUUGAAUGGUCUUUCAUUUAUAUAUUGACCAUUUGUCUGGAUGUCUCAAAGUACUUUAUGCACUAAAUUACACUGCUGUUCAGUGACAGAUAGCUGGUGCAAAAGAGCUAUGAGAAUUUAUUCACUUUGUUUUGGUGGUUACAUUAAUUGACAAAAAAGCCAUUCAGCCCUAUUGACGUUGAUGUUUGCUCUGCACAAUCCUCCUCGCACUCUGCUUCAUCUCGUCCUUUCAGCUUGUCCUUUGCUGCCUCUUCCUGUUUAGUCAGUUUCCUUUUAAGUGCAUCAAUAUCUGCCUCACUGCCCCCUGUGGGAGUGAGUUCCACAUCUCACUAAGUUUCUCCAGAGUUCAUUAUUGUGUUUAAUGCUACCUUACAUUGAUGGCUCCUAGUUCUGAAUUUCCCAUAAGUGGAGACAGCUGACUAACCUAUCUACUUAGUCUUAAAUCUUUUUAUCAGAUCCUUCCUCAGCUGAAUCUUCUCUUGACACAAGAGCCCCUCGCUGUUUAAUCUUCCCUGCUAGCAAGGGCAGAUAGUUGGUUGGUUGGUUGCGAUAAUGGUCAAAAGAGCAGGUCAAUGUCAUUGGCUCUCCCGGUUGGUGUCAGGAUCUUCACAGAAACCCUUUGUAUCAUCAUCUUGCUAAUACUGAGGAGCACCAAACAAGUCUCGCUGUAGACUGCACAGUAUAAAUCCCUUGUAAUCAAAGUUUCACAGAUCAUCUAUGACAAAUUUCUGCAAAUAUCUAUUAGAAAUUUUUGCUGUGCCACACCAGUUAGAAAAAAAGUUUCCCGAGCCCUAUACCUAUGUCUUGUGCCAGUGCUGCUUUGAUGCCACCUUAUUGAAAUCCUGAUUGGAGCUAGCUUCUUGUUGGAAUGGUUUGUAUCUUUUGACUUUCCAGUGACUCACUGAAUAAAAACUUUUAACAGUAGCAUCUUUGCCUUCUUCUGGAGCUUCCCAACUAACUGUAGUCCUGCUACACAGGACCCAGUAAAAUCCCACAAUAGCAAUGAGGUCCAUUGGUGGUUCUAGUGUUCUUGAUGCAGGUUGGAGGGAAGGGAUGAACUCGUUCCUCUUCAGAUAAUCACAAGAUCCACAUUCACUUGAACAUUGCAAGUGUUGUGGAAAAAGUGGAGGCCCAUUGAGUCCAUGCUAGCUCCUUGUGAAGCAAUCCUGUCAGGCUAGUUCCCUGCAGCUCCAUAAAUUAUUUUCCCUUCUUUUGAACCCCUGAUUAAUUCCUUUCAUUGGCCUCACAGGCAGUGUCUCAGAUCAUAACCACACUUUGUUUAUCCUCACAUUUUCCCAGUUACCCCAUCUUCUAUCCUUUGCCCUGGCCCUUAAACCAUCCGUUUGUGGCACGUUACAAGGCAAGGGCAUACACAAUGCAAUAAUACUGAUUGUCCAGCAACCUAGAUAGUGCUGGACUGAAUGAUUUUUUUUCUGGACUAUUGGAUGUUAUUAAUACCCAGAAACUUUUUUUUA